AUGCACGCAGUGACAUGGUCACUUAUUCGCAUGCAUGCAAGGGGGGUCUGGGCAGCAGAUCUGGUGGAGGAUGUGCGCGACCCACUCCAAACGCUUGGGAUCCAGACACUGCGCAACGGCAUCACUGCUGCGAGCUUUCUGGCGACAGCGUGCAGCUUGAUUGCGGUCCAAGGCAUUCUGCCAACAUUGCUGGAUCAGCAGAGAGUCGACAGACUAGACAGGAUCGCGGCAGCGGACCCCAUCACAAAGGGCCCGGGGUUCUUUGACGCCACGACAAAGCUGGCGAUUGGCGAAGUGGUCAUCCUGUUCUCUUUCCUGGCCUUCGCGCAGAGCAUACGCAUGAUGAACCACCUGGGCUUCUAUACAAAAGUGGUGCCCAGCAAACGCAACAAGAACAAACACUUCCAUGAAGAGGAGGCGAUCGCCAUGAGCUACAGGGCGGCCACCACAUUCACCCUUGGGUUUAGAUCAUUCUAUGCUUUCAUCCCCCUGCUGAUGUGGCUUUUUGGGCCAACAGCAUUGCUCUGUUCGACGGUCUUGGAGGUGGUGGCGCUGUGGUUCACAGAUACCUUGAAAAGGAAGAAGGUCAGGGAAUACGAUGUGGAGGCUGGAGGCAGCGUUGCUGGGAAAGGGGCUGCUCAGAAUGGGAAUGCUGUUGUGGAAAUGGGGGCGGCCCAAGGCUCUGCAUCCAGGCGAAAUAAUCACACAAGCGGAGCCGCGGACAAAGGGAGUGCUGCUGUUGCUGUUGGGGGAGAUUAA